AUCUGCAAGCUUUGAUGGUCCCUGCUCGGGCUGCCAGGCACAUCCAAGCAAGAAUCUUUCACGCUGUUGUGUUGUAGCAGGAAGGCGGCAGGCGAAAGUUGGCACACGGAUGGCAUCACCUUCAUGAUCAGACAACGACACAACCUGCCAGGCAUUGUACAUCUAAAAUGGCUAAGAAGGCCUAGGGUGUUGUUUCUUGAUGCAGCGGUUACAACUGCGAAGCCUUCUGAGAGCAAGUCUGCGGCAUAGGGCAUGUGAGCGCAUACCACGACACAAUGCAUCGUCGUUCAACUGUAAUCCUUCCAGACAACGCUUCGUAUCUACAAAGACAACAGAUGCAAGCAAGACAUCGACAGGGCCUGCCAAAGCUCCAGAAGAUGAAACAGCCAGAUCCAAAGCGGAACAGCGCAAGACUGAUUGGGCCAUCAUCAAGCAAAUGUCGCACUACCUUUGGCCGAAGGACAACAUUGGUGUCAAGACGCGGGUCGUGAUCUCGCUUUCCUUCUUGGUGGCUGGUAAGCUCUUGAAUGUACAAGUGCCAUUCUUCUUCAAGAACAUAGUCGACAGCAUGAAUAUCGAUUUUGCAGCGACGUCAAGCACAACCUGGACAAUUGCAGGCACUGUGGUAGUUGGAUAUGGUCUGGCGCGCAUCAGUUCAACGGUAUUUCAGGAGCUUCGUAAUGCAAUAUUUGCAAAUGUCUCCCAAAAGGCCAUCCGCAAAGUAGCCACGGAUGUCUUUGAGCAUUUGCUGAGACUCGACUUACAAUUCCAUCUAUCAAGGCAGACAGGUGGUCUGAGUCGCGCCAUAGAUCGUGGCACUAAAGGAAUCAGCUUUCUCUUGUCAUCUAUGGUCUUCCACGUCUUCCCAACGGCUCUCGAGAUAUCUCUGGUGUGCGGUAUCUUAACGUACAAGUUUGGGCCUAGCUUUGCUGCAGUGACGGCAGCUACCAUGACGGCGUAUGCUAUCUUCACGAUACAAACGACAGCGUGGCGCACGAGAUUCAGGAAAGAGGCCAAUGCUGCAGACAACAAGGCUGCCACCAUUGCCGUGGACUCCCUCAUCAAUUAUGAAAGUGUCAAGUAUUUCAAUAACGAGCAUUACCAGGUCCAACAGUACGACAAGGCCCUGGAAAGAUAUGAGGCAUCGAGCAUCAAGAUUGCUACUUCGCUGGCUCUGCUGAAUUCUGGUCAAAACAUCAUCUUUUCCACUAGCCUCACUGCUAUGAUGUUCAUGGCAGCUCAAGGUGUUCAGCAAGGAUACAUGACUGUGGGUGAUCUUGUCCUUAUCAAUCAGCUCGUCUUCCAGCUUUCACUGCCACUCAAUUUCCUAGGCUCAGUGUAUCGCGAGCUUCGUCAGUCACUCAUUGACAUGGGCGUCCUGUUUAAUUUGCAAAAGGUCAAUAUCAGCAUCAAGGAGAAGGUAGACGCGCAACCACUUGUAGUGCAAGGUGGCGAGAUCAAAUUCGAAAAUGUAUCCUUUGGCUAUAACGCCGAGAGAAGAAUACUGAACAAUGUAUCAUUCACAAUACCGGCAGGAGCCAAGGUGGCUAUCGUUGGCUCGAGUGGAUGCGGCAAAUCCACAAUUCUGCGUUUAUUGUUUAGAUCCUACGAAGUUGAUCAAGGCCGCAUUACGAUUGACGGGCAAGAUAUUCGCGACGUUCAGCUCGACUCACUACGAAAGCAGAUUAGCGUUGUUCCGCAAGAUCAGCCCAUGUUCAAUGACACCAUUCUGCACAAUCUGAGAUACGGCAGGGUGACUGCAAGCGAUGCAGAGGUCGUUGAAGCAGCUCGUGCGGCCCGUAUUCAUGACAACAUUUCACAAUUUCCGGACGGCUACGAGACCCAGGUCGGCGAACGAGGCAUGAUGAUCUCGGGCGGCGAGAAGCAGAGACUUGCGCUUGCUCGGGCCAUUUUGAAGAAUGCUCCAAUCGUCUUCUUUGACGAAGCGACGAGUGCUCUGGACACCAAGACCGAGCAGGAAUUGUUGCAAAACAUCAACCAAGUCAUCUCGCAGCACCAGCUUACUAGUGUCUUCAUUGCGCAUCGUCUGAAGACUACGCAAGACGCCGACUUGAUCAUCGUGCUGGAACACGGACUUGUUGUCGAGACGGGAACUCAUGACGAGCUUGUGGCUCGCGAUGACUCAAAGUAUGCCCAGAUGUGGCAAGCACAAGCAGCAACAGAGAAUGUGCCAGCCUUUGGAUCUGCCAACAAGGCAGUCUAGCUUCAACUUCAUGUGCAAGAAACAGUCAAUUUCGGUCGUUCAAGUGACCAACAUUGUGACUGUCAGGGACUUCAGCGUCUCUGGACCGGCCUACGGGAGCAUUUGCAUUCUCUCUAAAGUCGGGCUCUUUGUUUACCACGCGGCGAGGCCACAGGCGUGUGCGUCAUUUUUAAGUUACUGCACUGCUGGUUUGCGAGAAGCCUGCAGGCUGAGCUAGACACUCGUACAGAGCUUUUCUAUGGUCACAGUGUCAGACCCCUUCAAUGCACAUAUAGCAUUGGCCCCUUGUAUGAGCACGUAGAAGCAUUGAAGCAUUCAGAAGCUGU